UGCAAGCACGUACACGCAUCCAUCCCUCGAUGCCCGACUUUAGUGCAAUGAUGAUGGCGAAGGACGAAUGGUCCGCUGAAGAGGAGUUGCAGCUCUUCCACGCCAUGGAAGGUCUGCGACCCGUGGGUAUAAAUAAACAUUUCUACAUGUCUUGCAUUUCGGAACGCCUUUCAAAAUCGCUUAACCGUGAAAUGCCCAGCGACAUAAUCUGGAGACAUUUAAGUACAAUGUACAAAUUAAAAGAGCUCGAUGAUCUUGAAGGCUUGCCAUUUCCCAAUGAGGAGCGUGAGUUUUGUUUGCCGGAACAGGAUUACGCCACAUUCGUAAAUAAAAAGACGAUUGGAACUAACGCAGUUGAAGAAAACACAGAUGCACCGGCUUCCACUGGGGCCCCGGUCCCACCUGCAGCUACUGAUAGCAAUAGUAAAAGCACUAAACAUCCAGUGGUUCAAUCGAAAGACAGCGAAAAGAAGAUGCCGGCGAAACUCUCGGAUUUGCCGAAAAGACCUGCAAAACGAACUCGUGGCUCGAUGUCAAACGAAUCUAUAAGCCCAUCAACCACACCUCCACCCAUGCAAAGCAGCAAGCGCCGUCGUAUUUAAAAGAUCAAAUAGAUAUCAUUUUAUUAGUUGUAGUUAAAUAAUGACCAAACAUUGACUUAAUUAUUAAAUGUAUAUAUAUA